AUGGGUCUCUGGCCAAAUUCACGUACCGAUUCGCGUUCGGAGCAGUACUUCUACUGGCUAAUAAACAUUACCUGCUAUGGUCUGAUCACUUUUCUCUUCAUCCCUUGCGCCCUGUACGUUUUUCUCGAGAUAGAGGACACUUACGGUAAGCUCAAACAAUUCGGUCCACUGAUCUUCUGCGUGAUGGCGUUUGUGAAGUAUUACUUCUUGAUCGUCCACAAAACGGACAUUCGUGAAUGCGUGGAGCAGAUAAAGUGGGACUGGCAGAACAUCACUCAUGCGAAAGACAGAAAAAUCAUGAUAACGAACGCGUAUCUUGGACGAAAGAUGGUGAUCAUUUGCACCUUCUUCAUGUACAGCGGAUUCGUUUUUUACUAUGUCGCCAUACCGAUCAGCGUGGGCAGAAUCGCAACGAACGAAAAUCUCACUUUCAUCCCUCUGGUGUUUCCCUUCUCGAGAUUCAUUAUCGACACGUAUCACAGUCCCACGAACGAGAUCGUAUUUUUCAUGCAAUUACUGGCUGGUGCCCUUAUGCAUGGAAUCACCUCGGCUGCUUGCAGUCUAGCAGCUGCUUUCGCCAUUCACGCUUGCGGCCAGAUGCAGGUAUUGAUAAACUGGCUAGAUCAUUUGAUAGACGGUCGAUCGGAUAUGAGUGAGCAGGUGGAUGAUAGAAUCUCGGACGUCGUGUGUCAACAUGUUAAAGUCCUGAAAUUUUUAAGCCUCGCCGAAAGAACGCUACAGCAAAUUUCAUUCGCCGAGUUUUUAGGAUGCACCAUGGAUAUAUGCCUCGUUGGAUAUUAUAUCAUCAUGGAAUCGAAGGCGAAUGACAUCACGAGUUCUGUAACUUACUCGAUUUUACUUUUAUCGCUCAUAUUCAAUAUCUUUGUAUUUUGUUAUAUAGGCGAAAUCGUGGCAGAGCAGUGCAGGAAAAUCGGCGAAAUGUUAUAUAUGAUCGAGUGGUACCGAUUGCCAGGGAACAAGAAGCUCUGUUGCAUUUUGAUUAUCGCAAUGUCCAACUCUUCGAUAAAAUUGACUGCUGGAAAUAUCGUUGAAUUGUCUAUUAGCACGUUCACCGACGUUGUUAAGACUGCAGUCUCUUUUUUAAAUGUACUACGAAGAACCACUUGA